AUGACCGGCAGCAAAAGCCAAAUGGAGGAGUUUCCUGCUCCAGAAAGUGCCCCAAGAGAGGGGACCAAAAACAGGAAAACAUUCCGCAGCUUCCACUUUUUAAAAAAAAAAAAUGAAGAACGUAGUGCCGAUAAUGAAAGAAACAUGGAGCACAUGUUCUCAUCAAGUAUGAGUGAUUACUCUUCUUUGAAGGAUAAUCAGAAGGAAGUGAUUAACGGAAAAAUAUCCAAAUCGUAUGUACGCGAUUUGGAAAUCCCCAAUGUGAGGGUGAAAAAUAAAUUUCAAUUUGUUCAUGUGCAUGGUGCGGAGAAUGAUUCUCCAAAUCUGCGUCCCCAUGAAUCGAGUGAACGGGGGGAUGCGGCCCUCCCUAAUGAUUUAAACGGCGCGUCCGACAGGGGCAGGCAUAGCUCAAGCAGUGGUGCCAGCCACAACGUGAGUAAUAACGCCAGUAACAACGCAAGUAACAACGCAAGUAACAACGCCAGUAAUAACCCCAGCAAUGGCCUCUCGGGGACGCGACCCAGUCAGCACUCCGCACAGGGUGAAGACGAAAGUGCCUCCCUAAGGGAUGAUUCUGCUCUUCAAAAUACAUCCAGAAGAAAUGAAGAACACGGGGAAAAUCAUUCGACAGGCACCGCCAUUGGGCAGGACUCGAAUGGACAGUUUUUGGGCAUCGUUUCGGGAAAUGUUACACGGGACAGCGGACCGAGUGGAAAUGUUACCUGUGAGAACCCCCCUAGUGGAGGAAACAUCGAAACGCAAAACGGUCUUCCGACUAGCAUGCAAAACCAAAACCCGAAUGAGGCGCAAAAUGACCCAAGUCGAAGCAGAAAUUCGGUAGAAAACGCAUCGAAUGCAGAGGAGUUAGACUACUACGUCUUAACCAUAAGGGACUUAAGAAACACGCACGUGAAUGAAAGCGAAUACGAAAAUGAGGAAGGGCUUGAGCUAGCUUUUUAUCAGAGAUGCUUUAUUGGGAAGAUACUAGGGUAUGAGAUAAAGCCUAAUUUAGAAGAGUACAAUUUGAAUAAAGCCAUUAGAAUAAUUCUGUUCAUCUUUGUGAUGCUGGCACUUUUUAGCAUGGAAUUUUUCCUACUGUAUAAUAACCUAGUAAAAGUAAAGGUAUCGGAAAAUCAGUUUUUGCUGGUCGAAUCAAAUUACAACAGCGCCUUUUUAAAUAAUUUUCUGUUUCAAUUUAAUGAGAAGGAAUUAAAAACGUGGCACCUAACAAAUGACAUGAUAAGGGACGAAAUAUCGAACGGGAAUUUUACACUCCACGAUAAUAUGUGUGAAGUGGUUAACAAGUUAAAUAUAAGCUGUGACAAUUUGAUAGAAUUCUACAAAUCGAAUGAUGAAAAAAAUAAAAAAAAAAUAAUCGAAAAUUCUAUUCUUUUGUAUGACGAACUGAGCAAGAGAAAUAUGUCCAUUUAUAGGGUAAAGGAAUCUUUGUUAAGUCCGUGUAAAAAUAUAAGCUCAAAUACGCUCACGGGGGGAAGUAAUUAUGUAUUUUUAUUUGUAUCUCAGAAGAAGCAUUUAAAAAUUAGCACCAUCUUUUUAAUACUGACGGUAUUUUUCUUCUGCAUGCGUAUCGCCCUAAUAUUGUCCAGAAUUCUGUACGAUUUUGUGUUAUUUCUGUGCUUCAAGAAUUACCGACUGUCGAUAGAGAGCAAAAGGAAGUACCUUGCGAAGUACAUGUGGUCAGUGAGCACCAUCUUGUUUCUAGAGAUCAUCUUAGGGGGUGACUGCGUCACUUGGUGGCUACACGAUAUCGAUCCCAUUUUUAAUUACUACUUUCAAUAUUUCUUAUGGUACAUAUCUCUGUUCUGCUUACUGUCGUAUGUACUACAUAGAGUAUUCAGAAAAUAUGCAGUAAGAAAUGAAAGUGACAAUUGCUCUUCGGCUUCCUUCUCCAUGCAGUAUGUGCACGAUUUUCUGUUCGGCAUUAACAUCGUCUUUGCUUGUCUCUUUAUCCUAUUCAAUAUAAGCAAGGCCACCGUUAUCACAAUUAUCCUGACCGACAUAGUGCUCUUCAUAGACAUUUUAAAUGACUCCUACAUAGAACAAGUACGACUCACCAAUUUUGAAGAUUUCUCAUCAAAUAGGCAAAGAAAGAAAAAAUUAUACAUAAUUGAAAAUAACAAAAAAAAUGGAAAAAAGUUUACUCUAGUUAGACUAAAUGAGCACAUUUAUGAGGAUGUCACCCUGGACAGUAACUCAGAAGAACGAGAAAGCAAAAGCAAAAUUGACUUGGAUGCGAAUAAUAAAGGCGAACUGAAAAAAUCAUAUGAGAAAAAAAACAAAUUUUUUAACUUGAGGAAUUUAUUUACUAGGGCAAAUAUAAAGAAGAAAAUUGCAAAAAAUGACACCAUCAAUGGGGAAGAAAUCGAGCAGACGAACGAUAAUAAUAGUGAGGAGGAAAAUCAAGACCAUGUUGAUGGUGACAAAUAUGACAGUUUAGACAACCCCGGUACGUCCUCCGUGGAGUAUUGCGAAAUUUGCGAUGAACGCUCUAAAAAUGUGGUGCUCUAUCCCUGUAUGCAUGGAGGAUUUUGCGAAACAUGUAUACGGUCCAUGAUAUUCAAUUCGCUCAAGCUGAAGGACUCCUUCCCCAAUUGUCCUCUCUGCCGAGACGCCAUCAAGAAUGUCUACAAAAUAUCUUGCGAAGAUAGUCAGAAGAAGGUCGAGGCCGUCACGAUACUCACUAUCAGGGUGAAGCAAUGA